AUAUUUAGAUUUCUUAUCAAUAUGACAUUUAACUCCUUUUGAAACAUUUAUGUUGAACUUUAUCUUAAACUCAUUGAUACUCUUAGAAUAUAUCAGCUUACAUGUUAAAAAUAUAGGUUGAAUCCCUUCAAUAGUACCAAAAAUAUUCACAAAAAUAACAAAUAAAAAAAACGAUCUUAAUAGCAUUCUUUAAACAAAACAAAAAAAAACUAAAUUACUAUAAACCCUAAACCUAAUUUUACUCUUUAGAUACUAAAUCCUAAAUUCUAAUUUAAAAUAUAUUUCUAUUGUAGAAUUUUUCAUUUACACACUUUAAUUGUUUUUUAAAUAUCUAUAUAUAGUUAGGGGAAAUUCUCAAAAGAUAAUAAAAUGAGUUUUUUAAUAAUAAAGCACACAAUCAGGAAAAUUACCAAAAUAAGUUUCAUUAAAGAGAUAAAAAACUCUUAUAAUUUAUCUAUAAAUAAAAAUAAUUAUUUAAAUAAAAAUUCAAAAAUCAUUAUUUUUGAAUAGUACAUUUUUAAUUCAUCUUUUCAAUUUUUCAAAAUUGUUUUUUAAAAUUUGAUUUUUAAAUCCAAAAAAUGUUUGUGAAACUAUUUUAAAUUUAAAAUAUUAUUUUUUUAAAUCCUAAACUCCACGCCUUCUAAAACCCCAUCUCUCAAAUCUAAACCCUAAGUCUUGAUUACUUAAUCAUAAUUAUAUAAGUGCCUAUUUAGCUUUUUUUAAUGAUAUAUUUUGGUAAUUUUGAACUUUGUGUGCUAUAUCUAUGAUAAAAAAAAUUAGUGCUAUCUUAGGAAAUUUCUUUAUAGUUAAUCAUAUAUUUUUAUUUGAAUGAACGCUAUUUUUAGAAAUUUUUAAUUUGGGUUUUCCGAUAAAAAUUUGUGUAAAUGUUAAUUGAAGGUAUUUGAUUAAAUAUAUCCAUUUGUAUUUGUUAAUUAUAUAUUUAUGCUAUCUUUGAUAUUAAAUUUUAUAAAACAAUAGAUAUUAAAAUCUUCUUAAUAAAUUAGCAUUCCAAAAUACACUGAAAAGCCUUUUGUUGUAAAAAACAACAUUCCCAAAGACAUUCUUCCAGUGUUGUUGACCCAACCCAAUACCUUAUGCAACUUCUAUAAACGAUCCUACAAAUUCCUAUCCAACGUUUAACUUUAGUUUGUCUCUUUCCUUAACAAACAAAAGAAAAGAGUUUUCGAAUUUGAACACAUUAAAUUUUAAUAAUUGAAAAUAGCACAUAAAUUAAAAUGUAAAACGAAUAAUAGGCAAAAAUCAAUGAAAUAACUUAGUUCGUAUAUUUCUAUUUUACAAGUUUUGUAAUGUGGACGUUGAAAUAAAUUAAAAGAUCACUGAACAUGUAUCAUGUAUGGGGGGAGGGGAUCUGGUAUAUACCUCUGGAAUGGCAUAUACAUAGGGGGAUCAGAUAAUAGAUGUUAUGGAAGUUUCCAUUGCACUAAUCCCCACUUAUCAACAACUCUUAUAACCUUUUAUAUAUCAAAAUCUCACUUUACCGGAACGACCAACAAACCAAGUGAAAAGCGAACAAUAAUGCCUCAAUUCUCAAAGAUGGAUUUGGUUAAAGUUCCUUCCUUUCUAGUGGUGAUUCUAUUUCUCAUCAAUGGUGCUUCCUCCACCACUUUCACUGUUGUUAACCAAUGCAACUACACUGUUUGGCCGGGACUUCUCUCUGGCGCCGGAACCGCUCCCUUAUCCACCACCGGUUUCUCUUUAAACACGUCCGAGUCACGAGUUAUCUCCAUACCUGCCUCCUGGUCCGGCCGCAUAUGGGGUCGCACGCUCUGCAAUCAAAACGCCACCACCGGGAAGUUUACUUGCGUCACAGGCGACUGCGGCUCUUCCCAAAUAGAAUGCUCCGGCGCCGGAGCCAACCCUCCGGCCACACUAGCCGAAUUCACACUCAACGGCUCCGACAACCUUGAUUUCUUCGACGUCAGUCUUGUGGACGGUAACAACGUCCCCAUGAUGGUCGUUCCUCGCGGCGGAGCUAAUGGAGUCGGUAAAUGCAACGCCACGGGCUGCGCGGCUGAUCUCAACGGCGUUUGUCCUGCUCAGCUGAAAGUAACGGUUGACGCAGUGGCAGUGGCGUGCAAGAGUGCUUGCGAAGCGUUUGGAACGCCGGAGUAUUGCUGUAGCGGCGCGUUUGGAACGCCGGACAAGUGUAAGCCGAGUGAGUACUCUGCUUUCUUCAAGAAAGCUUGCCCUACGGCUUAUAGUUAUGCUUAUGACGACGGUACAAGCACCUUCACUUGCUCCGGUGCUGAUUACAUCAUCACUUUCUGUCCUCCAAGUUCAGGGAGUCCCAAACCGGAGGCAGUUAACGUUUCGGCCGCACCUACCUUCUCAAUUGCAUUCAUAUUAAGCGUUUUAGCUGUUGCGGUUUCUUGGGUGGGGAGUGAGCUUUGGUGAUAUAUAUCAACAAGUUUAGUUUUUUUCUUUUACCAAAAAAUAAAAGUUCAGUUUAAUGUGACUGUGUUUGUUGCGAUUCUAUAGAUUUAGAAUAGUUAUGAAACGUACAUUUUACAUUCCAUAAAAUAGUAGAGCUUUAUAAUAAUCUGUCGCGUGAUAUCAAUAACACAAGUUUUAUAUGGACCACUGAGGAAUAUUAAGAGCGGAUUGACAUAAUUUAUAAAAUAACAUGUUUUCUGUUGGGAUUGUAAAAUCCCGUGACCAACUCUAUAUUAUCUGAUUAGUACGAUAUUGUUUACUUUGGAUCUAAUUGGUGACCCGCAUGGAUUUACUUUUGGUUUCCUUCCCAAAAUGCAUCGUACUAUUAGAGUUGAACAUCUCUUUAUAUAUUAGACACUCCUUAUCUAAUUUUCCAAUGUGGGAUUUGGAUUGACAUCUCUCAUUCUCCCCCUCAAGCUAAGGACCACACACCUUGUGCCCUUUCCUCUAGCGAAUCAUCUCGGUGCCUUGUCGCAUCUUCAACAUUCGACACCUUUAGUCGCAAGGUUUACUUUGAGUGGCUUUGAGAAUGUUUUUCCUACAAUUCCAGGAUGUUUUGACUAAUCUUUGCCGAACCUCCCUUUCCACUUUGAAGGGUCUCAUUCCUACUCGAAGGGUAUUUUGGUCUUCUUGCAGAUUUCUCGUCAACCGCUCUGAUACCAAUUGUUAGGAUUGUAAAAUCCCGUGUCCAACUAUAUAUUAUCCGAUUAGUACGAUAUUGUCCAUUUUGGGCCUAAUUGGCUGGCUCGCAUGAAUUUACUUUUGGUUUCCUUCUCAAAAGGUCUCGUACUAUUAGAGUUGGACAUCUCUUUAUAUAUUAGACACUCUUUGUCUAAUUCUUCAGUGUGAGACUUGAAUUGACAUCUCUCAUUUUUUCAAUGUAUAAGCAGAGAUCAUGGCUUCUUUCGAAGUUUCUCUUCAUCUUCCUUGCAAGACUUUAUCAAGCUCAGACCAGAAGUUAUCACUAUCGACGUGAGCCAAGGCCAUUUAACUUCUUCAUCAUGCUACACUUUCUCGAUGUAAGCUAAAGUGUAAAACAUGUCUUUAUUGUUGGUCGAUAUAUGUUGUGGGCGAUAUCUGAAAUCUGCUUAAGACAGAACUGUUGAAGAAUUCGAGAAGGGCCAUGCUGAUUCAGAGAAAGUCUUCAACGUUACAUUACUCUGUAACCAAACAGAUCAGCACAGCCUUGUUCUGAUCAUGUGGACCGUGGACGUGGUAGUUAUAUAAUAUAACACAGUCUUGUCCGACCAUGUGGACGCAUAGUAUAUAUAUAUAUAUAUAUAUAUAUAUAUAUAUAUAUCUUUUUUUAUAACUUAAAUUACUAGGACUGACUACUAGAACAAAAAUAAAACACUCUGCUAUUUUAAAAUUAUUUUGUAGGGUUGUAAGUGGGUGAAACGCUCGGAUGUUCUUAAUGGGUGAACUUCAUUCUAUCAUACUGUUAUUUAUUAUGUCAUACUCUUAUCUAUUUUGAUACUUUCCAUAAUGAUGGUUAAUGUCGAAAGUGCCAUUCCUCUACCUGAUCGAUUGAAUAGGGAUUGAAUGACAUUAGAUGACCAAUCAAAAAUCAUUAUUCUAUUUUCAAAUAGGGAGUAAUCGAAUCUGUUAUUUUCUCUCUCUCAUCUCACCCCCGCGGGUUUCUUCGGGCGUUCUCUUCUUCCUCGCUAUCAUCGCAUUGAGCUAACUCGGUUUCGUCGCUUGGAUGCUAAAUCAUUGAGCUAUUGAUUCCGUUUCACAGGGUAUGUAUCUUAAAUUAUCGUUAAAGCCAAUGUUUAGAAUCCACCAUAGACGAUCGAUUUACAGAGAUUCUGAUUUACAAGAUUCAUAGUUGUAAUUUGACUGGACUAAUCGUGGAUCGGAAAGUGUGAAUAGUAUGUUUAUUAGGGAAUCAGAUAAUCAACAAGUGUAUAAUCAUAAGAAAAAACAGAACAUCGGGAAUCAAAGAUGAUGAAUCUUUUCUUUGUAGUGAAAUGUAGAUGUAAUAAUGGAUCUAACUAUCCCUUCGCAGUGAAGGAGACUAUUUAACUUAAUGCGGUGGAGUUUAAAUGCAAAUGUAAUGAUGAUUGUACACAGUUUAGUGUUGUAAAGUUUAAAUGCAAAUGUAAUGAUGAUUGUACACGGUUUAGUGUUGUGGAGUUUAACUGCAAGUUUAACAUAUGCGACUGUUGGAGUGAGAGAGAAGUCGUGUCUUCUGAACUCGUGUCAAAAUGGAAGACUUACAACUUGUUAUUGGGGUAAUAAAUCAUUAAAUAGCAGGAAUUAAGUUACUAAAUAUUAUAAUUUUCAUUUAUUAUCUACGAUAUUGCUUUUUGUUAUCAUUUCUUGCAAAAUAUAAAAAUAAAAUAUCUAAAUUUCUUAAACUUACAUAGUUUCGUAUAUUUAGACUAUCUAAAUUGUUAAAAUUUUGCUUAGAUUCAUAUAUUUAGACAAUCUAAAUCAGUUCUUUCACUUACUUAUACAAAAUUAUAUUUUUAUCAAUUAAAGUUAUACAAAAUUUCAAAUCUAAUGCAUGCGACUGUUGCAAUGAGAAGUCGUGUAGAAGAAGUCCUCUCUUCUGAACUCGUGUCUUCUAGAGCCGUCUAUCAAAUCAUUUUUAAAUGGAAGAGAUACAACUUGUAGUUGGAGUAAUAAAUCAUUAAAU